AUGAAGGACAACGAGUGUUGUUAUCGAGCCAAGGUGCAGAAACUGUCGGACGAGUUGGAACGCGUGAGGAGGAGAUCGAACGAACGCCGGAAACGGGUGUCGUCACAAAUUGAGUAUAACAUUUUAUUUUCCUUUACCUUAAUUUGAUAACAUUGUAGAAAUAUUGUUAGUUUAUAAGCGGGAAUUUGUGACAAGGGCGAUUUGGGACACUCGAUCGUGGGCGAUUUGGUAGGUAUAGGUACGCAGGUAUAUUCGGAAAAACGAUACUUAUUUCGUUUCUCGCGCCAGUAAAUUUACAUAGAUUUUUCCCUAAUUUUUCCUCUUGGUUCAGUAUAACUGGUAGGUACUUCCAAUUUAUUAACGACAGAAUUUUAUUUUAAGUGGCUUACGCCCGAGCACCAGUUGCUGUUUGUACCCAUAAAUCCACGCCUGUCACACAUAAUCCAGUAAACGCUCGCUUAUUUUUUUUCCCUUUCGUACUACAUGCUGGUACUUUUUAUGUUUUAUUUUAUUACUUAAAUGAAUUGUUGUUUUAGCAAAGAUUACUGUGAUAUAGACAAAAAUGCACAGACAAUAAGUAAUACCUAUAAGAGUACGUUAUAACACCUGUAUUUAAGGAGUCAAGUAUAUCGACAUUUUACAAACUUUAAAAAAAUAAUAAAAUGGAACAUUACUACUUGACUUAAAAAAAGUUAAAUUCACAAUUUAUCUCGUUUAACACGCUGCACUAGUAACUUACAUACGAGAUGGUCCCACUAUUCCAACCUCCAACAUACCUUUAGUCUUAAGUUUAAGUAACUUUUAUAAUUAUUUUUAAGUUUAUUAAAUCUUAUUUAAUUAUCGAUAAGAUCCUGAAAAGGUAAUAGAAAUUGUUUAAUAGUUAUCUAUAGUUUCUGUUCAAAAUUCUACUGCACUAUCCAUAUAUUAUAAUAUAUGAAUCUGAGAAAAGGAGAAAAGGGUCUAUUAGUUCACGUUUUAAAAUUUCUCAGCAGAAUAAAACUUCAUCUGCUCUACACCUGCAUGAAUUAUAUUAUUUAUUGACCGGUACAUCCAGUAUUUUACUUGUGAUAUUAUCCAACUGAAACCUUUUUUCAUUAAACAUUUAAUUAUAGUCCCAAAUAGUCCCAAAGAUGGUUUACCAUUAUGUUGAAAUUUAAAUAAUAAACUACCACGUGCUUCUUUCUCUGUGCUUUCCACAUAAAGAAACAUUAAAUGUUAUUCGUAUAAUCACGUGUACAGGCGAAUGAAGUGCAUUGCGGAGAAACAUGCCGCUGAGUCGGCGGAGAUGGCCGAAACGCUGUUGUCGGUAGCGGUCGAUUUUUCACCAUCAGACCGGAAGUCGACGGCGGCUGCUGCUCUCGAAGGCGGAAACAAAAAUCCGUCACAAGACAAAGGCGACGACGGCGACGACGUUUCCUGCUUUAUUCGUGACCGCCCGGCCGGUUCACAAAGUUUUUCCCGCGGUCCGGCGGCAUAUAGCACGCCGAGGCGGGCGGUGGACCGCAAUAGCUCGUGUCCCUGCAGUUCGACGGCGACGACUGCCGGAGUCGAUUGUGGGACGACGGAUAACGAAGACUACAUCCAUUGCGACGAUCUGGUGAAUGCCGUUUUUCCACCCGUGUCUAUAUACACGGUGUACAUAACAUAACACACGGGUUUCGGGGAAUUUUUGAAAAAUAUUCGACGUACGAACGGAGAGACGGUACCACGCACCAAACCAACGAUAGAGCAGAUAAUUUAGGCGUGUAGUUUUCCGCCGCCGUCGUUCAUGCGUCUUUGGUUCCAGGGAAGAAGGGCUUAAGUCAAUUGCGUAUUGUUUUCAAUUCGAGCAAAUUAAAUGUUUAAAAAACAUACAUUUGUACACAGACAUUACAUUAUGCACACUAUUUUUGAGAACACAUACACUUUUACAAUUUAGACCAGAAAACAAAAAAAAAAAUAAUAAUAAUGAUAAUAACAAUAAAAUUAUAAACAUUUUCUUAAGCGUUUCUAUCCUGAGACCAAAGGUGUUAUAUAAAGUGACUCCGCAGUAACACGAAUAACGUGUUUGACUAACAGUGCUAUCUUGUUACGUACCGUAUAGUCUGCAAUUUUCAGACAUAUAUCUGGAACGUUAUCGGGGAAGGGGGGAAAGUGACUAAUUUUCGACGAAUCGUUCAAUAUCCCUCUAUAAUAUAAUAUAGUCUCUGGUCCUACUAUAUACUCUAUUUACUAAAUAUCUCAGUCUGAUGACUUUAAACUGAAACGUGGUUUUCUGUCAUUCUAUUAUUAGAGAGUAUCGAAAUACUCAUUUUAGGACAAUUUCAAAUUUUUAAUGCAUUUAGCGGUCAAAUGCACAGUACAAGUUACUUUUUUUAAAUAGAAAAACCUAGGUUUUUUCAUUAAGUUCGAUUAGUUUUCAAUUAGAGCAACUGGUGAUCAAUACAAAUUUUUUUACCAACCCCGAUAAUUAUCUAAGAUUAUCCAAAGUUAAUUGAUAUUAUUUUUUUCUUAAAAAUUAUGUUUAGUUUGAUGAUUAAUUUUACUAUUUUUCUCUCUAUAAAAUAGUAUUAACAUUUUUUUAAUUUUAAAUAAAGACGUGUUGUUAUUUAUACUACACGUACUACAACUGCCAUCAAACUCCACUCAGAUUCGUUUUUCAAUGGCAAUGCUUAUUAGAAGAUAAACUACGACACAAGCGUUAAGGCUAAUCAUUAUCAGAUACGACCCUGGAAGUGUUUUCCUAUCGAUCUUUUAGGAUACUACCAGAAAAACAGAUCCGUCGGGCGGGAAACACUAUAGAGUGUAGUACUAAAUGUCACUAUAGUUCUAAAAUUUCAAUUAGUAUGUUAAUCGGGCUGACCUUAUCUAAUCGGGCAGAAAUGCGGUCCUUUACCAUAUACAUUCCUACGAUAAAAAAAAAGAAAAAGAAGUCACGUGAUGCCAUCCCGGAGAACUGGUGGUAAUCCGCUGCGUGCAGUAACGUAGUACCAUCGGUAUAAUAUUUCUAUAAUAUAUGAUACGAUCAAUAUUGAUAUUUUUUCCAAAUACUAUGCCGAUAACGAUAAGUGAUAACCGCUAAAUCGAUCACAUGACUUGGUAUUAAGUAGCAGUAAAAUACGAGAGAAGCAAAUGAUUUUUAGGGUUGGUAGAGUUAUAUACUAUUUUUAUAGCCAAGUGGGUUCUCCCCCUUUAAAAUAAUGUUAAAUAUCUUCCGUUAUUUGAUUUGGAAUACUGUUUUGUAAGGGAAAAAGUAUUCCUCAUGUACUCUUUCAGUAUAUAUAGAAAAAUUAUCAAAAUUGAACGAUAAGAACUUUUUAUCUGUAGUAUCGUGGCCUUUUUUUUUUUAAAAAAAAAAUAUAAAAUAAAAUAAUUGAAAGUUUACAAACCGAUAACUUUAAUUGUAUUUGUAUGUUAACGGAAAAAUAAGUCCAGUGCCAUAAAAAUGUAUGAUGGAUCUUUUAUAAAACUUUCAAGUAUUUUUGAGAAGCCAAAAUAAUUUUAUUUAAAUAAAGUUUAAUAAACUUGACGAUUUUAAAUGUAUAUAAAUAUCUAAACAAAUUAUGUUCCGUGAUAAUUUCAGCUCUCUGAAAUUAUUUUUAACUGAAUUACAAAAAAAAAAAAAAAUCGAAAGUAACAAAAACUUUUUCCUGUUUUUUUUCCCCCCAUUAUUAAUGAAACUACAAUGUAAAUAAAACAUUACUUCCUAAUGCACAAACUAGAUGUAAAAUGUAACAAGUAAACUCUCUUGUUAUGUUCCGUGAUAAUUUCAGCUCUCUGAAAUUAUUUUUAACUGAAUUACAAAAAAAAAAAAAAAAAAAAAACGAUUAAUUUCUUUAUACGCCCAGAAUCUAAAAUACAUAUUUAUAGACUAUUUCAUGUUUAAAUUUUACAUAAAUAAUUCUCAUUUUUAAAUUAAAAUUACAGUGGGCUUAUCACAAGGUUAUAAUAAUUUAGAAUGGGAUCGGGUUUACCCUGGCCUACUCUUAGCGCUACCUUUGCGGUAUCAAAAAUACAAUCCUAUAUAAUUUUCCAUUAGAAUGAUGAAGCGCGUUAGAACAGAGUCAAGCAGUUUCAGAUUCCUGGACAUUGUUUAAUGUUAACACCCUAUAUAUAAUAUACGGUGUGUUAUUUACAUAGUAUAUAUAAAUAUAUAUAUAUAUAUAUAUAUAUAUAUUUAAAUAUAUUAAAUUGUAUAUAGUUUUAAAAGUCGUUGCACGGGGCCGGGGGUAGUGGCGUAUAAUAUGUAAGACGGAAGAUUGAAAAAAAAAACUUUUUUUAAAGUUUUUACAGUCGGACGCGGCCGGCCGUGAAAAGGAUCGGUCCGCGGAGGAGAGUGACGGAUCGCAGUGUUGGCGGCGGCGCCGGUCGUCGUCGAAACUUUUCUUUGAAAAACUAGACGGUGACGAAAGCAUAGAAACGGUGGUCCACGAGUGUACUGCGCGCCAAAUGCACCGGCCACACGGAGCUUCCGAAUCUAUGUCCGAAUUCGACUGCUAUUAG